AUGAUUUGGAACUUGUGGUUCGCCAUCACUUUUGUGAUCCAGCUUUCUGCUGCUUUGCUCGUUGAAUUGCCAGCUCUUGAAAAAGCUGAGCCUGUUUGUAUCCGUGACUUUAUCGGUCAAGAUCAAUUGGUAGUGGUGAAUGUUAAGACCAGUGGUCGUUCAGGAGACGGCCAAAGAUUGCAGAUGGUUAUCAAAGACACUAUGGGAAACAUUCUUUCCAAAAGAAAUGAAGUCAAUAAGGAUGUGAGAGUUUCGUUCACCACUUAUGAUGCUGUUGCUGUCGACAUUUGCUUCACCAAUAUUUUGGAAAGAACAAACAACCGCAGAGUCUAUUUGAGCAGAGAAGUUGAGUUGGAGGUCGAGUCAGGCUCAUCCGCUAGAGAUUGGAAUGCUGUUCAGGCAGCAGAAAAGUUGAGACCUAACGAAAUCGAAUUGAAGAAAGUGGAAGAAUUAGCAAAAGAGAUCUCUCACGAGUUGAAGUAUUUGAAGGCCAGAGAAGAAAGAAUGAGAGACACAAAUGAGAGCACAAACUCUAGAGUUAAGUAUUUCUCCAUCAUUAUUGUGCUUUCCUUGGUUGGCUUGGGCGUCUGGCAAAUUCAAUACUUGAGACAUUACUUCAAGGUCAAGCACAUUAUCUAA